AUGUCUACACUCUACGCGGAUGACAACUAUCUUUCAGCUAAGACGAGUACAGCAGCCGAGUCGUGGUCAAGCGAAACUUCCUUCGACGAACAAAAAGGAGGCCUUCAAGACAAAGAGAAUCCACUCAAUACUGCGGGAUUUCUGUCGGUGGCGACUAUGUGGUGGAUGCAUCCCUUACUCAAGCGUGGCUACGAAUCGCCUUUGGACGAGGACAGCGUCUGGGAUCUCCCCACCAAUGAUCAAGCUCGUCCACUUCAAUUGAAGUUCGACAGAUCCUAUGCUCUCGAAGCUCAGAAAGUCGUCAGAAAAACCAAAAGAAAUGGUGAACCCAAGCGUCCGAAUGUGAAUCGAGCCAUCUGGGAGAGUGUCAAACAGACGUGGGGGAUCGCGUUCGUGCUUCACGCUGUCAGCGCUGGUCUCAUUCUGUUCCAACCGUUCUUGAUCAAAGCCAUCCUGCAGAAUAUUAAUGGUGAAGACAAUACCUUCGGCAUCUCAUCAGGGUACGCGUUGGCAAUACUUCUGGGCUGCACAGCUUUUGUUGGAGCUACAACACUUAACGCAGGACAGUUCCUCACGACUCGGGUUGCUUGUAAUGCGCGUAUGAUCUGCGUCAAUAGCGCCUUUCGGAAGAUCUUGCGUUUGUCAGCAAUUGCACGACGGACGAUGGAUACUGGAGAGAUUGUCACUUUUGUGGGGGUUGACAGUGAUCGCGUUCUAUCAGCGUACAAAUUGGGAUUAUGGUGCACUAUUUCUCCACUUAUGUUGAUUGUCGUGGGGGUUCUGAUUGCCACACAAAUGCACUUGACCGUCGCUUUGGUUACUUCAAUGGCGAUCGCAAUUAUCAUGUACGCUUCACUUGUCAUGUCCAGAAAGAUUGGAGCCUAUCGUCGACAAAUUUCACGAAUUAGUGCAAAUCGCCUAAAAGUUACGAGCGAAAUACUACAAGGCAUUCGAGUUGUCAAGUUCUACAGCUGGGAAGGCUUUGCCACGGACCUGAUUAGCGAAAUUCGAGACAAGGAGAUCGCACUUUUGCGCAAGUAUAACUAUGUACGUCUGGCCAACACUGUGCUGAUGUUCUUGGCACCGACGCUGUUGAAUUUGGUGUGCUUUACAACGACAAUCCUACUGGGUAACACCCUCGAUAUUCCCACGACAUUCGCCAUUGUGGCUCUUACUAACGCAUGCAGAACACCGUUCAGUAUCUACGCAGAUGCUUCUGUUGCUGUUGCUGAAGCCAUCACGUCCACCAGUCGACUCUCCGACUUCCUCGCCGCUGGAGAAACUACCGAUCAAAACAAACAAGAUGAAGAUCUCAAUCUCAACUUUUCCCCUCAAAUCUCAAUCGAAAAUGCCGAUUUCAAGUGGGAGGAAGAGGCAUCUCCGACAUUAACCAACAUCAAUAUCUCACUCCAGCCAGGAACCCUCACAGUUGUAGUCGGUCCAGUUGGCAGCGGAAAGUCCAGUCUCGUGAACGCUAUACUUGGUGAGAUGCUCCAAACUCGUGGUAAGCGUCUGGUUCGUGGAAACAUUGCCUAUGCAAGUCAGCAGGCGUGGAUCCAGAACCAGACUGUACGAGAUAAUAUCCUCUUUGGAGAAAGUUACGAAGCGGAACAUUAUCAACGUGUGAUCACUGCCUGCCAACUUGCUCCGGACUUUAAGAUGCUUGAAUAUGGUGAUCAAACGGAAAUUGGUGAGCGUGGCAUUAAUUUGAGUGGCGGCCAGAAGGCUCGCAUUGCUGUGGCUCGCGCUAUGUACCGUGCUCGCAAGUUUGAUUUUGUUGUGCUGGAUGAUCCUCUCAGUGCUUUGGACGUACAUGUAGCGAACGCUGUGUUCUCGGAUGGUCUUAUGGGGAUUGCGAGUGGAACUACCCGACUGCUGGUGUUGAAUUCGCACUGCCAUUUGCUUCGACACGCAGAUCGAGUGUUGGUCAUGUCUGACGGAGUGAUUGUGGGGGAUGGCUCGUCAAUGCAGCUACAAGACCAGUUUUCGUUCUUGCGAUGUUCACCACGAUCACGUCGCUCCAGUGUCGAAGAAUCAGCAAUAUAUAAGAAUCCCAGUAUCCAAGAUGAGAGGAAAUCCACUCGGGCGAGUCUUGUGGUAACACACAACGAGGCAGUCAAAACACCAUCUUCUGGAAAACUGACAAUGACAGAGGAUCGACUUGUGGGGUCUGUCAAAACGCAAUCGUACGUCGACUAUCUCGCUAGCUCGGAAUGGGACGGACGCAUGCUUUGCGGGUUAAUGAUCAUGUUGUUUACUAUCGCACAAGUUGUACUGUUCGGGUGUGAUUGGUUCUUGAGUCAGUGGUCACAAGGCUCCGUGGGUCUCAGCCAGAUGAACUCACUAGCAGUUUACAUUGGAAUCGUCGCGGCAGCAGCACUCCUGUCACUCGGUCGUUGUCUAUUCUUCAUGACAAUCUGCAUGGUUUGCUCCCUCAAAAUCCAUUUCAAACAUCUACAAAAGGUGCUGGCAGCUCCGAUCACGACGUUCUUCGACGUCACACCUAUCGAGCGGAUCUUAAACCGCUUCUCACGAGAUCUCGAUGAAGUUGACAACCCAUUGCCAUAUUUUGGUUUGUGGCUGGUGUUGUGUAUUUUCCAAGUGGCAUCGUCAUUUACUGUCUGCGCAGUGGUCAACCCAUUUGUGCUGGUCGUGUACGUACCUGUCGGGUACGGAUGCUGGCUCGUUGCUAAAGUUUAUCGAGCAUCGGCUCGAGAGUUGAAGCGUCUGGACGGAGUCACACGCUCACCGUUCCUCAAUUUAAUGUCCGAGACCAUCUCAGGUAUUGAGACUGUGCGUUCGUACAAGAUGGUGGACGCCUUCGCCUCUCGAUGUGAAAAACUACUCAACAACAACAUGAGGGUUUUCUUUCUGGCCCAAGUAUCUGGUCGGUGGUUCGAUAUGAGAUCCGACUGGUUCGUGUCUGUGAUUAUUGGCGCCGUGGCAGUUCUGGCCGUUGCAGCUAAGUCCACAGUGGGGGCCUCAGUUGCAGGCCUCGGGUUAACCUACGCAGCUCAAUUGUCAUCCAGUUUCCAGCGCAUGACUACCCUUGCAACUAAAGUCGAGAGUAGCAUGACGUGCUUCGAGCGUAUCGCUCACUAUGGAUCACUGGAUGAAGAAGGAUACAAGAGUACGCCUUCCAACAAGGAUUCGCUAUCUCCUGCGUGGCCAAAGACUGGCAAUGUCGUUUUCGAGAACGUCUCCAUGAGAUAUCGAGAAGAUCUACCACUGGUGUUGAAAGGUGUGUCCUUCUCGGUCGCUAGCGGGGAGAAAGUGGGUAUCUGUGGACGUACUGGAUCCGGUAAAAGCUCGCUUAUGAGUGUACUUUUCCGAGUGGUGGAGAUCCCAACAGCCGGUCAUGUACUCAUCGACGGCGUGGAUAUCGCUACCAUUACAGUGCACCAAUUGAGAACAAAGCUGACGAUUAUUCCACAGGAUCCGAUGAUUUUUAGUGGUUCACUACGUAUGAACCUGGACCCGUUUGCAGAGAAGAGUGACGCAGAGUUGUGGGAGGUACUACGGAAGGUUCACUUGGCUGAUACGGUGUCAUCGUGGGGCAAAGGACUGGAUUACGAAGUCGCGGAGAAGGGCGAGAACUUGUCGGUGGGACAGCGUCAGUUGUUGUGUAUCGCUCGUGCGUUGAUCCGAGACAGCAAAGUGAUCGUGAUGGAUGAAGCGACAGCCAAUGUGGAUCAGGAAUCGGACAAGCUGAUCCAACAGACGAUGAAGGAGAGCUUUGGCGGUGGUGAUAGCACGGUGUUGUGUAUUGCGCACCGUAUCGAGACGAUCAUGGAUAGCGACAAGAUUUUGGUGUUGGAUGCCGGCAAGGUGGUAGAGUACGACACGCCAAGUGCAUUGUUGCAAAUCAAAGGUGGCAUAUUCAAGUCACUUGUAGGUUCAGGCAAAGUUAACUCCUCUUAG